GCGAUAGCAGUGGUAUGUUGAACCUUACUGCACAUUGAUGUCAUUCGAUACCCGAAGUAUAAGGAAGCCAUCUACAUAGUUACUCUUUUUUACCAGAAUUCCCACAAGGAUCCUUGGACGGUGUUGAAAUUGUGACCGUGUAGGAGAAUGGCAUUACCCCUUCCAACAGAACUCAUCCAAUCCAUCCUCCACUUCACAGACACAGAAACAUACCACUCAGCGCGAUUCACCUCUCGUCACUGGUACAAUGCCGCGUCGACACCUUACAUGCUCCGAAAAGCGCUCGAGCAAACACCAACGCUCCUACCGGCAUUAAACUCCCUACCCGAAACCAACUGGAAUACCCUCUUCAACCAGGUCUCGCGACUGAACUUCCUCGAUCAUCGGUUACAUUGUCACAAGACGAUAUCCGCGGCGGAUUUACCACAGGAAAGCACGGCGUCUACACCACUAGCGACAUCGCAUGAUGGCAGAAAGACAGCAGUACUGAAAGGCUCCCAAAUAACCAUCUACGACCAUAAUAACGAGGGAAAAUUCAAUCUCACCCUCUCCCAAUCUCUCUACCCCCUGUGGACAAGCGUCUGCCGCGCAUUACUCGAAGGUGGCGCCGGGUACGGCGCAAACCAGGGUUACGCGCGACAUCAGCUUGCCGUGUCUUCGCGGUCCAGUCUAGUCGCAGUGGGACUAGGAAAAACGAUUCAGAUAUACGACUACAAGGAUCCGGAUAACCUUGGCUCUCCUGUUGAGUAUGUACUGGGUCAGACGGAGACGGUUUUUAGUUCAUCAUCGCCUGCGCCUGGGCCGAAUUACCGGGAGACAGAUGGUGUGGUGGAGGCAUUGGAGUUUGUGGACGGUGAUGAGGAUAUGCUUCUCCGCGUGGGGAUUGGGAAGGAAUCGAAUCCGAAUCGAACCUGUCGGGUGCGGUAUCUGGGUGAUCCGUCUCGUUCCAGCCACACUCAGCAGCAGUCAACUCUCGAAUACUGGAGCCAGAAUAUCAACCGGGUGUACCUCGACUCGGUAGCGUUGGCAACGAUCUUACCAAACAACGACUACAAAACCGCGCUCAACGGUAUCCAUCUUCUUCAACUAUCACCAUCAACGACAUCACGCUCUUUCAUCGCAGCGCUUAAAACACAAGACGUCCAAGGCUACUGCAUAGCAACCGUCACACCAUCAUCAUCACCCUUACCAGACGACGAAGAGCAACAGAUAAUAAUAUCUCACCACCUCCCCUCGAAAACCAACUAUCUCACCCCAUCAAGUCACUCCACAACCUCUAAAGCAACAAACACCUCUGACCCCACCAAUAUUUCUUUAAUAGACCAAACGCUUAACGAUAAAGCCGUCGUUACUCAGAAUCUUAACACCGCGUCUACAAACCGCUGGGACACAAUUCAUCUCCCCGCUGUUACUGUGAGGAACCCGUUGAUAUCUGUUUCGGAUGAUGGACAGUUACUUGUUGUUUAUGAGCAGGGGGCGGGGCACUCGUUUCGGUAUAUGGCUGGUGGGGGGUUGUAUGUUUUCAGUCUUGAUGCUUCUACCACUGGGACAGGUGGCAGUGGAGAGAAGACGGUACAGCCGUGGUCAUAUUUAUUAGAUAUUGUUGACGUUGAUGUUGAGGGUUUGAAGGUUGCUAAGUCCGAGACUGGAUACGGGACGAAUGGCUACACCGUGACUGCAACUGCACUAAAUGGACAGCGGGUGAUGGAAUGGUGUUUGGGUUGAUUUAUUAUUCUCAUAGACUUGCAUUUAGACUUUGGACUUGCAUUGAUGGCGUUAGACUACUUUAUGAUAAUAGCUAAUAAUGAUCGUUUAUCACUACGUUCCCACAUCAGAGGAAAGUAGAGUGAUUAUGUCCAAUUAGGGUAUCGUAUCAGGUAUCU